AUGGAUGAAGUGCGGGCAUUAUGCGAAAUGUAUGAGUUAAGUGAUGUAACGGAAGAGUCAUUCAAUAUGGUGGAGAAUCCAACGGGCGAAACAAUGCUUCCCGCCCUCGUGUCCACUAUGGCAAAUUUUCGUCCGGUUUAUCAUCCUGUUGAACGGGACUUUACCGGUGUUCCCACGUAUCCGUUGCUCAACCAGUUAACGAUACCGACCUUUCCCCAUACCGACCAACUUGUUUAUCCUGAAUACAUGAUGGUCUAUACGCAGUCAGGGCUGCCGGUAUUUCAGUCGCCAGCCGAAAACGUCAACGAAUACGCCAUGCCCUAUACGGAACCCAAGAUUGAUCAUUCGGAAUCCAAAUACUCGAGCAUACCAUGCCCUGCCGAAAUGUUAAAUGUGGUUGAUCAUCCGUCCGGACCGGGCCCCACGGAACGGACCAUACCGCGAACGCUGCACAUAACCGCACCCCGCCGCGGUCGUCCACCAAAACACGGAACCCAUUCGGGUCCAAUAUUGCUGGUCAACGAGAAAGGUCGUACUAUGCCUAAAGAGAAAGAGAAUCUGCCGUUCGUUAAACUGCAAAAAGGACACUGUGAUCUUCCUUUCACCAGCAUAUCUUCUGCUAAAAUUACUAGAAUCACUGAGGAAGACUACAAUGGUGACUGUGAAGAAAUGGACAUGGAAUUUCCUGAGUUAGACGCAAUGGAUGACGAUGAAAAAGACCGCGAUUAUCCCAAGCCGCCAUAUUCGUACAGUGCGAUGGUCACUAUUGCGUUGAAAAAUAGUAAAAACGGAAGGAUGACAGUGCGAGACAUCUAUAAUUUUAUGUGCAAACAUUAUCCGUACUUCAGAACCGCAUCGGCUGGCUGGAAGAAUUCUGUACGACACAAUUUGUCCUUGAAUCCAGGAUUUCUAAAAAUUUUUACGGAAAGCGGUCCAGCAAAGGCGAGAACGGCUUGUCGCUGGGCUAUAAAUCCGGAUCGUUAUGCCAAGCUGAACGAAGACGUUUUAAAAUGGCAUGCAAAGAACUUGGAACUAAUAAAGCGAAGCAUGAGAGAUCCAGAAUUAUUAAGCAGUUUGGAAAAAGGCUCGGGCGUAGAUUUCCGUCUAGCAGUGCAAGGUGUGACUAUCCAAAAGAAAAAUUUGGGAAACAAUCGUCGAAAAAGUUCAAAAUCGAGUUUAACCGGAAGCGAUGUUACGGAUAAUCCUGACAGUCCCUUCAUGACCUGCGUGGACGAAUUCUUGGAAGCAGCCAAUCCAACAUUUAAAAAGGGUGCCGGGGCAGCUUUUUCACGAGCAACAAGUCAUUUGCGCUCGUAUGGAGAACUGAAUGGCGAGACUGGAUGGGGUAGCGUUCAAUUGCCUGAAUCGUCUACCUGGAAGGUGUCUGAUGAACGUACUGCAACUGUCCACGAAGCGAAAUGACACCUGUUCCGAAUAAAAGAACGAAUACAUAAAGGUCAUUCUGGUCAUCGGGAUAUGGUGUUUCAUCACUGAAAAGGUCAUCAGUGAAGUUUAAAGAUUUAGCAUUAAUGAUACUUCUAUCGAUUGCGAAUAGUUGGUCAAAAACGUCGUCUUGGUUUGUCGGUC